AUGCUGGAUCUGCUCAAAAAACUGGAUCAGCACACGCUGGGGAAACACGCGGAUGAACUCACCGACCGCCUGGUCGGGGCGAUCGGUCCCUCCGUGUCGGCUGACCUGGUGAACCAGGCCAAGGACCUCCAGCUGCUGGAAGAGAUCUUGACACCCCAGGUGUUCCAGGAAAAGGUGGCCAAUGUGGCCGAUAAGUGCGCCGAGUCGAUUGGUACAUGCUCGGAAUCAAUCACCCUGGUCUCGAGUCAGAUCCCUCUGCUCUCCAGGCUGCUCUUUGACCAUGCAUACAACAACCUGAGAUCAUAUGUGUCCCAACCUCAUCUCAACUACCUGGUAAAUGCGGAUCUGCCUGCUGUGGAGGAGUCGAAUUCUGGCGGAUCUGUUGACGUUGAGACCGCCGCAGUAUCUCUCAAGUUCCUACAAUCUCUUCUGCUCAACAACGACCUGGGUAACCCACAGCUGGACUCUCUGCUUCUCCAUGUUGUCUGUCUGUCUGACUCUGAUCUGGUCCAUUCUGCUGCCGUGCUUCUCAAACUGAGAAUGACCAAUGUAGCUACAAGCGCCCUGGCGUCGUAUCUGUGGACCAUUGUCUCCGAUCUCGUCAACUCGUCCCUGGACGACCACAAGACCGUGGGAUACAAGCUGUGGCUGUGGUGGCUGAGUGCAUGUGACUCUGCUACCCUCGAGUCCGAGACUUUCCAGUCGCUCUUCAAGACUGACCUUUACUGGGCCUGUCUCCUCAGGCCUCUUAAGACUACCUCCUACGACCACAAGAAGCUGGCCCUGUACAUCAUCUCAAGAUCUGUCCAGCAUAUUGUCAGCGACAUUUCUCUGGAAAGCAUGCAGUGGUCCACAACCGACAGAGAUGUUCUGCUAGAGCAAUGGAAACGUUUUGCUACUCUCACCGAGAUCAUCGCCAUUGACUCUUCCUACAACCAGACGGUGGCCUGUGAGGGAGAUAUUCUCAUGUUCCUCGGGCCAGAAUGCAAGCUUGCUCCUCGUUGGGGUAUCGCUCUCAUUGCCAUGGGACUCAAUGCUACCAUGGACACCGUGCGGAAGUACAUGGCCAAGGUUGUUCUUGCUCUGCCAAUUGCUUCUCUGGUUGUCUUUCAGCAUGACAUCCCUUUCUUGGAAUCCAAGCUGCUGCCUUAUCUUCUCGAAGCUACCCAUUUCCAGACUGCUAGACACGACGAUCAGAAUGUUUGCAUCUACGGUGAUACUCUGGAGACCUUUAUCGAGGGUCUCUACACCACUUUUGACAAGUCUCGAAUCGAAGCGCUAACCAUCUGCAUCUUCAAGCUGCUCAACAUUCUGAGAGAAGGAUUCGACCCCUCCAAGAUCUACGCACUAGCAGGCGUCAUGUCUGGACUCAAGGCCACAGAGUUCCAGCUGAGCGACGCAGCAUUGGACGCCUUUGCUCCCAUGCUGCUGCUCACGUCCGAGACAGGUGUCCGACGAAAACUGCAGAAGCUGUACCUGGCUAGAAUUUGCCUCCAUUUCGGCCAAUCUCUGCGAGUUCUCAAGCUUCUGUCUCAGCUGGUUACCCUCGAGACUAUCAUGACUGGUCUCAACUUCAAGCUCACUCCAGAUGCCGAGCUGCGAAAGUCGAUUGAGGAUCUGUCCACGUAUGCUGUCUACCUGUACGGUUCUUGUGAGACCUGCAAUGUUGACGAGGCCGCUGCUCAGCUCAAUCUCCUUCCUGUGGGUGUUUCUCUGGGCCUGAAGAACAUGGGUCUUACUGGCGUCCCUACAGUCUCAGUUGACGAUUCCAUCCUCUCAUCUAUCCAAGCCACCCAGGCACUUGCAAAGUCCAAUCUUUCGGAAACUAACACCGAUUCCAUCGAAAUUCGGCUCGAAAAGUUGAAGUUCCCUGACGAUAUGGAUCUGACUGCUGCUCAGCUCACUCUUCUGGCUGCUCUCAACAUCAAGAACGGAAAGGGAGACUUUGCCAACACGUUCGAGUACCUCAAGUCUUCGCACAUUGUUUCGCGAGACCUGAAGACUGACCAGACUAUCCAGUCGUUGAACAACCUCAUUGCUGCGAAAUUCGACUGUCUCAACACUACUCUUGCUCAUCACAGGGUCACCGAGCCGGUGGACGUGAUCAACUUUGCUACUCUCAACUACUCCGUGGCUUCUUCGUGUGAGUCUCGCUACGCUAUUGUUGCUUGCAUCUACAGAGUGGUUGAGCAGCUCGAUGCUGCCGACGAGAAGACCUGCUCGGUCAUCCAAGAUACUCUGUUCACCAUCUGGGACGAGAUUAUGAGUACCGGACUUGUAUCUUCGGCCAAGCCUGUUCAUUUGGCUUUCAUCGAGCUGCUGCUGAGCAAGUCAGUUCUUCAAAAGUGCACCGAGAACGACUCACUGGCUGAGACGGUUCUCGAUAUCGCCUCUACUCUGGUAUCUCAAUGUUACGCUCGUCGAUCUUUGCUUCCUCUGGUGGCCAAGAAGCUGCUUGAGUUUGGAGGCACUGAAAUCGUCAAGAUUGAGGGAGCCCAUUCUCUGGUUAUCGAAAUCUACACUCUUCAGCAAAUUGACGACACUAACUUCCGACUUGAGGAUGCAAUUGCUACUCGAUACGAUACCGAAAUGGGUAAUGACGGUGCGUCUGUGUUCAAGGAUGUUCACGGAGGCAAGGAGGUGGCUGCUCGGGCUCUGAUUGCUGUUCUUGUCUCUCAGAUCACCGACGCUGCCUUUGCCGAGUUCAUGUGGGACGAGAUUUUCUCCUCUGAUUCUUACCGACUCUUCAACCCCAAGAAGCUCAACGACGGUAAGGAGGAGCGAAUCCGGGUCCAAUGCUACCAGCUUCUGACCAUGACCGAGGAUAUUGUUCAUCACGAGUUUUCCCAGGAGGAGACGGAGAAGCUUAUUGAGCACAUUCGCUUUGAGCCCUCUCCCAUUGUCCGAAUGUACAUGGAGUGGAUCAUUGCCCGUGUAAUUCUCAAGGGCGAUAGUCUGGUGAUUCUUAAGAAGCAUUUGUCCAACCCUGAGGAGAUCCCCCGAGUACUGGCUGCCUUCCAGCGAAUCGGUCUGCUGAUUGGUGAGCAGAUUGAGAACGUGGACGACCGCAUUUCCUACCUCACUGAGUACCUCAACAUUGUGCUUCCUUUCUGCUCCUCCAACCGAGCCGCCGUACGACACUUUGCCGUGUCCAUGAUCUGUGCUGUGGGUCCCUGGAUUCAGUCUGAGCAGUUCUGGAACGGCAACAAGAAGGCUCUCGAAACGAUGGAGCCCUUCGCUCGAAUCUGUAUGGGCAUUUUUAGCCACGCUACUCGGCAGGAGGCUUACCACCAAUUCCGAAGCGGAGAGAAGAUGCUCUGGAACGUGCACCGAUACUACAACCUCGUGGGCAUCUGUGGAGGACUUAUUCUGCGUCUCAGUGACCGAGAGUUCCCCUUUGUUAGCGAGACUGACUUUGCUAACCUGGAACUUGCACCUACCAAGCCCCAUGUGGACCUUGUGUUCCCGCUGGAGCCUGCUUCUGUGUCUCUGCCAACAGGUGACGAGCUGCGAGUAUCAGUUGGAGCCCACGACAAGUCUGUGUGGGCUUCUGAGGCUGCUGUGGCAGCUGCCUGUGGCAUUGAGGUCUCAUCUGUGUCUGCUCCCGUUCAGACCAAGUCCGGAGCUUGGAACGCUACUUUGGUGGAGGACAACUCGGAGGAGUCUCGAGCUGCCAAGAUCAACCGAGGAGAGCUCAUUCUGGUGGCUUCUCUGGUCGACAAACCCCCUAACCUUGGAGGUAUCUGUCGACUUUCCGACGUGCUGGGUGCCCAACUGCUGACUCUCAACGACAUUUCUGUGGCCAAGCAUCCCCAGUUCAAGAACGUUGCUGUGACGGCUGACCAGUGGAUGCCCAUGGCUGAGGUCAAGGUGGACGAGAUUGCCGAGUUCAUGCGGGCCAAGAAACGAGAGGGGUACACUCUUAUUGGUCUCGAGCAGACGGACCAGAGCAAGCAACUCAACAAGGACUUUGUCUUCCCCAAAAAGUCUCUCAUUCUGCUGGGCAUGGAGCGAGAGGGUAUUCCUGGUAACCUUCUGGCCGAGCUGGACUACGCGGUGGAGAUUAAACAGAUUGGAAUGAUCCGAUCCAUGAACAUUCAGACCGCUGCUGCCGUCAUUGUUCACGCCUACAGCAUGCAGCACUGUGCCUAG